GUGCAAGCCCCAUGUUUACAGUAUUUUGAUGAAAGCAAACCUGUAACUGUGUCAGUAGACGCCAGUAAAUAUGGAAUUGGAGCGGUUCUCCUACAAAAUAAUCAACCUGUGGCUUUUGGAUCAGCAUCAUUGACAGAAACGCAGCAAAGGUAUGCGCAGAUUGAAAAAGAACUCUUAGCAGUUGUAUAUGGGUUAGAACAUUUCAACUACUAUACGUACGGAAGACAUGUAACAGUGCAGACUGAUCACAAACCAUUACUAGGCCUUAGUAAGAAACCUUAUGAUACAAUCUCACCUCGUCUUCAGCGCAUGCUCCUCAAACUGAACAGGUAUGAUUUGAAAUUGGAAUAUGUCCCAGGAAAAGAAUUGCUAAUAGCUGAUGCCCUGUCCAGAGCACAGUCAAGUGUUGACACCUUUGAUGACACCUUCAGUCAAGAACCUACUGUUAAUGUAAGUCUAUUAACACAAGCCUCUCCAACAAAAUGGCAGGAAAUCGUAAAAAUGACAGAAAAGGACCCUGAAUUGCAAGAUGUGUUAUUUCAUAUCAAAAAUGGAUGGCCAGAAAGAAGCAAAACAAGGCCAGCAGCACAACCUUACUGGCAUUGCAAAGAAGAGCUUUAUACAACAAAGGAUGGAAUAAUUUGUCGAGGACAACGACUAGUUGUGCCAGCAUCUCUUAGAAAAGAUAUUAUGAAAAAACUGCAUGUGUCUCACAAAGGUAUAGUUUCUAGUAAAGCUAGAGAAUAUUUUUACUGGACGAACAUCAACAAAGAUGUGGAAGAAUAUGUUUCUAAAUGUGCGAUAUGUCAGAAAUAUCAACAGGCUAAUCAGAAAGAAGUUCUUUUAGACUGUGAUCUACCAGAGAGACCCUGGCAAAAAGUUGCCCGUGAUUUCUUUUACCUGAAAGGACAACAAUAUCUGUUAAUGAUAGACUACUUUUCAAAAUAUGUAGAGCUGAAACCACUGAAAAAUAUAACUGCUCAAGCUGUAAUGAUCGUUAUGAAGUCCAUUUUUGCAACACAUGGAAUACCAGAGAAGCUCAUCACUGAUGGGGGACCACCAUACAACUCGGAAGCAUUGCGGAAAUUUCUUGAAGAAUGGGGUGUUAUGCAUAACAUCACAUCACCACAUUUUCCUAGAGCAAAUGGGCAAAUUGAAAGAUCUGUCCAAACUCUCAAGAAGUCUCUGAGCAAAGCUGCGGAAGAAGGAAAAGACUUGUAUAUUGUUUUGCUAGAUUAUAGAAUUCAACCUGCAAAAGAUUUGCCAUCCCCGGCUGAAUUAUUAAUGGGAAGAAGACUGAGAUCUUUUCUGCCAUCACAUCCUAAAGCAUUGCAACCAAAAUUUCAAAUAAAAGGUGCAAGUAGAGCAUUAGAAAAAAGGCAGAUGGUGCAAAAGAAAUAUGCCAAUAAACACGCAACCCAGCUUCCAAAACUUCAUGAAAAUGAUAAAGUGUGGUUUAAAUGGAAAAUUAAAGAGCCUUGGAAACAGGGUAUGAUCAUGAAGACAGGUCCUCAGCCAAGAUCGUAUGUCAUAAAAGCAAAGGAUGGAACUGUGUAUAGGAGAAAUCGACAUCACAUUCGUAAAGACAAGUCUACGUGUGAAAUGACAGAGUGGAACAGGACAGCAGAAGAUUUGUUUGGACUUGAUCAAUCAACACUGGAUCAACCUGUUCUUGUAGAUAAUGAUAGGCAGGAUCCACCUAAGGACCAGAAAAUGAUUCUAUUAAACAUCCUCAAAUUCCAGGAAAUGUGUCAACCGAACCAAUGUUAAGAUGAUCUUGUAGAAAUAGAAUAAAACCUCUUUGAUAUAGAGACAAUUAGGAAGAACUUAUUGAUGCCAAAAACUUGUACUUUAUUUAUAGACUAAUUAUGGAAUUUUAUGAACUGUUCAGAACUCUAAAAUAUCAGUCUAAUUAGUAAGUCACAAUUUUAAAGAUUUAAGUGAGUCAUCCAGGUAUGUAAUUUUGCUAUGUUCUCUAAUGUCAACUGUUAAGUAAUAAUUUAAUGUCAAAAUGUUUUCUUAAGUUAACUGCUAAGUAAUGAUGUAAAAUAAUUAUUGUACUAAGUUAGUAACAUCCACUAGUCUUGUUCUAUAAAUAAAAAGUGCAUGUUAGAUAUUAAUUACUUUGCUUGCCGAUAGAUGGCAGUGCCUCUAACCUGACUAGUUAGGCAAGUGCACGGUAUUUGUGCUGCGUCACACU